CCCCCACCUGAAGCCAUGGCCAGCCCCUCUAGCAGCCCUGAAGAUGUAGGCAAGCUGCGAGAAGGCAGGGAAGGCCGGCAGAGAAGGGAGGACGAUGCUCCGGAGCAGAAGAGGUUGAGGCUGGGGCUGCGAGCGGGAAGCGAGCCCCAGGACGGAGCCACCGCACCGCUUCCAGCCCGGGACGAGCUCGCCACCCACACAGGUGGUGAAGACAGAGGUGAUCUGCUGUCUCUGUCUCCCAGGCUGGUUGAGAGUCAGGUUUUGGUGAGUCCUGCUGCUGGCCAAGCUGAGGAAACUGCUCAAAGACCUCAUGAAAGUGGGACUUACAACUUCCUUGAUCAGGCUCAGCAUUCAGAUAUCCAAGCCAACUGCAAUAACUGCUCGGAAACAGAGGACCAAAAGGUUUUGAGUCAACAGAUGAAUUGUGAAAGAGAGCAGCUGAGGGGUAAUCAGGAAGCAGCGGCCGCCCCCGACACAAUGGCUCAGCCUUAUGCCUCAGCCCAGUUCGCUCCACCUCAGAAUGGCAUCCCCGCAGAAUACACGGCCCCUCAUCCCCAUCCUGCGCCAGAGUACACCGGCCAGACCACCGUCCCUGACCACACAUUAAACCUGUAUCCUCCUACACAGACGCACUCGGAGCAGAGCGCUGACACAAGCGCGCAGACCGUCUCUGGCACCGCCACACAGACAGAUGAUGCAGCACCGACCGACGGCCAGCCCCAGACACAACCUUCGGAAACCACAGAAAACAAGUCCCAGCCCAAGCGGCUGCAUGUGUCCAACAUCCCCUUCCGGUUCCGGGAUCCAGACCUCCGACAAAUGUUUGGUCAAUUUGGUAAAAUAUUAGAUGUUGAAAUUAUUUUUAAUGAGCGAGGCUCGAAGGGAUUUGGUUUCGUAACUUUCGAAAAUAGUGCGGAUGCGGACAGGGCGAGGGAGAAAUUGCACGGUACCGUGGUAGAGGGCCGUAAAAUCGAGGUCAAUAACGCAACAGCACGUGUAAUGACUAAUAAAAAGACUGUCAACCCUUACACCAAUGGCUGGAAAUUAAAUCCAGUUGUGGGCGCCGUCUACAGCCCAGACUUCUAUGCAGGCACGGUGCUGUUGUGCCAGGCCAACCAGGAGGGAUCUUCCAUGUACAGUGGCCCCAGUUCACUUGUAUAUACUUCUGCAAUGCCUGGCUUUCCAUAUCCAGCCGCCACUGCUGCAGCUGCAUACCGAGGGGCCCACCUGAGGGGCCGCGGCCGCACCGUGUACAACACCUUCAGGGCUGCAGCGCCCCCACCCCCAAUCCCGGCCUAUGGCGGUGUUGUUUACCAGGAUGGAUUUUAUGGUGCAGACAUUUAUGGUGGUUAUGCUGCAUACCGCUAUGCCCAGCCCACCCCUGCCACUGCUGCUGCCUACAGUGACAGUUACGGACGAGUUUAUGCUGCCGACCCCUACCACCACACACUUGCUCCAGCCCCCACCUACGGCGUUGGUGCCAUGAAUGCUUUUGCGCCCUUGACUGAUGCCAAGACUAGGAGCCAUGCUGAUGAUGUGGGUCUCGUUCUUUCUUCAUUGCAGGCUAGUAUAUACCGAGGGGGAUACAACCGCUUUGCUCCAUAUUAAAUGACAAAUCAUAGCAAACAAACAAACAAACACAAACAAAAACAACCUUCCAGUGUGGGGAGAGAGAAAGCUUCCCGAGGCCUGAGUGUUGCAACACACGCAGUAGGACAUCAUUUUAGCAACUCAAAGAAAACAACUAAAAAUAAAAAGAGGAAAAAAAAUUACAUUUUUUAUCUUAUACCUCAGAUAUUUUGUUCUGUGUAUUUUAAUAUUGUGGGUCUUUGGUUUCUGAAGGUUCUCGUAGUUCAGUCGCUGGCUGUAGAAGUUUUUGUGGUUGAUCUAGAGAGAGGCUAGAUAUGAAUAAAAACCGAUUUAGGGCCAUAUCCAGAGUUCUAUAUUAUGUAAAUGAAUUAUAUGCUGACCACGAAGCUACCGGGGUUAAGGUGUUUGGGAAGAGUCUAGGUGACGAGUCAUUCUUUCUGCAUCUAUAUUAUUUUAUUCUGUGAAAGGGGAGGCCGGGAGGGGCUUAGGGGUUUGGGAUUGGGGUUUGACUGAAAGAAAAUUAUAUAUAUACAUAGAUAUAUAUAGUAACUGAUGAAUCUAAAAUGACCCACUGCACCAACGAUCCUAAAUCUAUGGUUCUAAGUUACUCCUGGCAAAGUCAAGCCAAAGGCUCUGCUAAGAAACCUCUUCUUAUGGCACUGAGUUUGGAGGCGAAGGAAGCUGUGUAAGUCCACCCUCUUAUCAUUCCACCGCAGUACUCAGCUUCUUACCUACCCACUAGUUAUUUAAGCAAAGACUACUAGUUAGGCCAUCAAUAAGCAUUCUUUUUAUAUUUCUUCCAGUAUGAGAAAUUAUUGAUAUCACUGCUGACUUUUAUAUUAUGGGAGGGAAAAAUUAACAUUAAUAAAAAGGUGAUUAAAAAAAGCACUGUUUCUAUUUUUUUCUUUUUUUCCAAAAAAAAGAAAGUAAUAAAAACUUAAAUUCUUUGUACCAGUUAAAAAUAUGUAUAAAAUUUACAUCUGUGCAGUGGAGUUAUGUUCUAGAAACAGUCUCUGAGGCUUUAGUUUUAGCUUAGUAGAUUAACUGUUAGAAACAGACGUAUAAUUUUUAUGGAAUUACAUGAUAAUCAUAUCUGGAUUUAUAGUCGCAUUUUACAAGUAUCGCGAUCAUUGAAUAGAGAUAACCAUGGUAUUUUCAUCAGCUUGAUACUUUUUGAAAACAUGACGCCUGUGAACAACUUGCAAUUUUUCAGUCUGUGAGAGCCCACCCUCCCCUCUCCCCAGUGCCCCAGGGUUAUCUUAAACUGGCAUCUUUACUUCUGUCUCCGAGGCCCAAGAGGAUUGUGUCAGAAGGAAAGAAAAAAAUGAGACAAAAACCAAAAUUAGACCCUCCCCCACACCCACCUCCCCCCGAGAGCAGCAUCUGCCCCCUCUUUCUUGGACGCAGGGCCAGAGCAGCACAGCCGAAAAAUUGCAGCUUGUAACCUUCUUCUGUUUGAAUCCCCCACCAUGUUGUCCUGUUUACAAGUUAACUUAAGUUGGGGUAUCUGUCAUGGGUCUUCCCGUUUUUGUAUUUAAAUUAUAAAGUAUCAGCAAGCUGUCUCCCUGAGUAGCGUUACCGCCUGUGUGUGCAGAGCAGGCCCAUGGCGCGCACUUUAGUAAGUACCAACUCACGCUGUGAACCUGCCAAUCCGCUGUAACAACCGCUUUAAAAAAUCUAAACCAAACAAAAGUUUAAAAAGAAAAAAAAAAGUGUUUGUGAUCCAGCUUUUCCUAGUCAUCCUACGUGCAUGCCCGUAAGAUCGGUUGGAUAUUAAACCAUCAAUAAAGUUUCGUGAGAUUUGAAAACAAAGUUUCUGUAGCUUCGAUACCUAAAACAGAUGAUUAUGGUUGGGGAGAGGAAGAAAAGGAAAGGGCGAGGAGGGGAAGGGAGAGAAUCUGCUGAACUGCUAAGAAGAGAAAAACCUAGAGCUUGGUCUUUUCUCUCCCUUCGGAGUCGGGAGAGACAGGGCUGAGAGGAGACUGUUUGCGGCAAGUCUUGAAAAUGCCCAUUCCCACCUGCUUCAGUGGGAUGGCCAUGUGUGCACCUGGUCGAUGCUACCCAAGGCAAGAACUUACUGCCGUGCUGUCGCAUUCGACCCCAAUGGGAUAAAGAUAGUGAUAGAAACAGGGCUGCAGAAGGGACAACGGAUCCCUCCCAGCCGCCCCAGCUUUCAGCCCAGAACCUGCAUUGUGUAUGAAAUCACAAACAUGGAAUUCUUACUGUGCUGGCUAAAGUAAAACUCAUUUGCAGUUUUGAUUUUCAUCAAUGAAAUGUACUUUCCCCCACAAGUGUCUGUAGUUUUAAUAAACUCAUUUAGAGCAAGUGGGAGCCAACCGAUGUCGCAGAAUCUUUUGUCUAGGCACUCUGCUGAGCUGCCAAUAUAAGUCGUUUUAAAAUGUCAUGUCAGAGGUGUAAACAAACAUUUUGGAUUUUUUAAAAAAACAGUAUUUAUUUGGAAUGUUUUCAUUUAUCUAAAUAACUAUUGCUAUUAUGAAUUAUGGAAAAAAGAUUAAUGUGGCAUAUAGUGACUUCUUAACACACAUCACUCAAUCUGCAAACCCAGAAAUGUGUAUAUCUGUCUUUAGAAAUUAGUGUUUAUAUCACUUACAGUGGUUUGUGAAUAAAGAAAACUGGUUUGUAAUAUCAAAAAAAUAAAAGCUUAGUCUGAAAAGGUA